GGGAAGAAAGCCACCUCUCUAAGACCCGUAUGCGCCUUUUCAAGGACAAUCCCUGCUCCAACGCGCCCAGACACGCUCAUCCUCUCCAAACAAUUCACCAAGUCCCAAGAAUAGGAACAUAAUCAUCCACCUUCCAAAGACACCAAAAUGACCUCGAAACUCCUCAUCGCCAGCCUCAUCCUCACCGCAAGCACAGCCAACGCCCUCCCCAACCACCCCAACCCACUCGAACAGCUCAUGCAGCCCCUAAACAACCUUAACAACCCUCACGAAGUGCUAACCACCCCCUGCCCCGACCCACAACACCAACCCCAAAACCACCCCCACUGGCUCGACAUCUCCUACGGCCAAUGCUACCACCUCAUCCACCCGGACUUCGGCCCCCUGGUCGACAGCACCUGGGGCCUCUCCGCGGCCCCCUUCCAAUGGCUGGCCUUCAAGCAAGGCCACAAGCCGCGGCGCCUGCAGGUGUGCCGCACCGAGCACUGCGACGACGACGAUGUAGGUGCCGUGGAGAACCACGGCACCUUCUACCUGCGCGACCUGCGCGGCUCGCCCAAGACGCAGUGGCAGCCGCGCUUCCUCAACGUGUUCGAGGGCCUCUCCAGCCAGGUGUGGCCCGAUGCGCACGACGGGCAGGGCAAGCGAGCGCGCUUCACGGCGUCGGCGGUCGCGCACGGCGACUGGCUCCGCCUGCGGGUGGUGGAGAGUGCCACCGGCUCCCAGACCUUGCUGACCUCUCUUCUCGCCGUCAUCAGAUUCAACUGCCAGAUUUUACGAGCAAAGAUGAAGCACAUCAACAAAUUGGCCCUGGCUGUGGCCUGCCUACCCGGUAUGGUCCUCAACGCCGCCCCGGUCCCCGAGGACAACACCGCUAACGUGUCCUCCCAGGUUGGUGCGGGUGAGAUCGAGCGUGUCAAUCCGGGUGCCGAGCCUGCCGCCGCCUCCAACAGCCCCGAGGGUCACGCGGCGGCGGCGACUCCCGGUGCCUGUGACUGCGAGGGCAGUGACUGUGCCGAUGUCGAGGCCGGAGGCCGCGGUGGGUACAACAUGGUUGAUGAUAACAACACCAAUUGCAGUGACGAUGGCUGCGAUGACCACCCCGACUGUGAUUCUGGUUCGUCUGAUGGAAGUAGCGGGCACCGGGUGCUCGUUAUCGGGUCCCCCGACUCCGAUCCUAUUGCCACUGUUGAUUUUCUCUAA